AUGGAUCGUCAAAGUAAUUGUCUUUCUGAAGGUAUAGAAGAAACAAAAGAUUUAUUUUUUGAUGCCAAGAUAAAGUCAAAAACAAUCUUGAGUUUGGACCAUUUAACCAAAAAUGAAACAACAAAAGUUGAUGAAAUAAGUCAAAUCGAUUUCAGGGCACAAAUCCCAAAAUAUAUGUUUAAAAAUUUCAAAUUUUACAUUAGGAAAAAAAAAUACAAAGGAAUGACAAAUUUUGAAGUUUACAAGAGCUUUUCCCCUAAAGUUUCAAUACUCAACACUCAAGAAUUAAAUGAAGAGUUACCGGACUUUUUAAAGGACAGGGCUGAUGUAGAGCAAUACUCUACGGAAGAUUCUGAAUUUGAUCAAAUUAUGGACUAUUUAGAUGAGCUUACCAAAGACGAAUUACUUGAUUUAGCUGAAGUGUAUGUUAUUGUUAACGAUUUUUCCAUUUUUUUUGCAGAUAUAUCAUUCAAUUUACCAGCAAAAAUCACUAGUUGUAUUAAGUUGGACACUUUUAGCGAUAAAGAUCAUGAGGGUGAUAAAUUACUUGUAACGUUAGAUAAUGGAGAAUUAUAUUUGUAUAGCGUCAAUUCUGAGGGCAAAGUUGAUUCAAAAUUAAUUGUCAAUUUGAGCUUUGGACAUAAUCAAACUGCUAGGACUACUUGGAAAAUUCGAUUACAUCCAAAUAAUAAGAUGUUGGCUAUUUAUCAAGAAAAUGGCAAAUACAUAAGGGUAUUUAAUGUAGAUUUACAAAGCAGGGAUGGUCAAACAAUUUCUUUAUUGAAAAAUAUAGUCAUGAAUAAUCACCAAAUUUUAAAUGUUAAUUUUUUUGGAAAGGUGCAUGUUAUGGAUGCUUCUAAGAAUUUUUAUUUUUUAUUUAUUUGCACAAAGUUUGAUGCGGGUGCCAAUAUUUCAAGUUUUAAAUCGAUUGUUAUGGAAUGGAAUUUAUAUGAUUCACCGGUAUAUCACCUUUCUGAGAUUUCUGAGUAUUUGACUCCGAUGGGGCAAAAUAUUACUUUUAAUGAAAAUCAAAUUAUUUCGAUUAAUAAGCAAGGUAAUUUAUCCCUAUAUUGUUUAGAAGAGCUAAUAUCAGCAUCUACAAGUAAUAUAAUCAAAUUGAAUAUGCCAUUUGAUCUGAAUUUGAAAUUUAUCAGGAGUGGCAACAAGUCUUUAUUUCAAAAGUUGCGGGAAAUUUAUUUGGAUGAACUUAUUGAUUUGAGAGACAUGUUUAUUGCUGCUACUGUAAAGGGGAUUAUUUUAUUAGUUUUUUUUAAUGAUGAAAAGAAUUUAACCAAAUAUGCUAUUUUAACCAAAAUCAAAGGCGCAUGUGAUAUUCUGAUAUAUGACGAAGAUGAUGAUGAUAAUGCUAAUAUGGGUGCGUCAAAACACAACUUUUUAAUUAACACAGAUUAUGGGUUAAUCAGUAAAUUCCCUAUUGAUUUAAAUAAUUUGCAAUUUCUAACAGAGAGGGGAUUCCCAGGAGUUAAAGGUUUUCAAAAUGUCGAUAGAAAGUAUUUAAAGAGUUUGUCGCCGAUUUACAGUGGGUUCCCACUGUCUAAGCAAAUUUUCACGGUGCCCACUAAAUACGGUCCUGAAUUGUAUUCAAUAAACGAAAGAAAUGGGUUGACAAGAAUAUAUUAUAAAAGGGAGAUAGUGAACUGUAAAAAUAUGUGGUCGAUUAAUGGUGAUAAUGAUGCUAAAGAGUAUUUAUUUAAAAAUUUCAAUAAUUUUUUUUGGUUUGAAUUAAAGAACGAUGCUGUGAUUGAAAUUAUUCAAAAAACAUUGUUUCUUACUUCCAAAACGUUGAAUUUAAUUAUUUUCACAGACUCUUUUGUUGGCAGUAAAGUUUAUAUAUAUGACUCUGGAAAUUUUUAUGAAUAUGAGGGCUUUUUCGGUUCAAAUAAUAAAAUUGGAGCACUUAAAAAAUGCAGUUUAAUAUAUGACGAUUCGUGUUUGUUACUUUUAAAUUCUAUCGGAGAAUUAUACUUGUAUUCAUUCAGUAGUUUAGAUGAUGAAAGUGCUGCCUUUAAAAUAGACAUUCCAAUUAUGAGCGAUACUACUGUUUUAAAUGACGAGAAGUUGAAAGAUAGUAAUUUAUGCAAAGAAAUAUGCGAUUAUGAAGUUUUUGAAAAUGAUAAAUAUUUGUAUAUUAGUUGUAUAACGCUGGAUGGUAGUCUAUAUUUAAGUACCAAAAAUUGGAAAACCGAAUUAGUUACCAAUGAUUCAGCUUCCCAUCAAUUGUCUCUGGUUUGUGAUAUUGCUGCAAAAAAAAUAGAUGGGAUUUUUAAAAUAAAGUUUUACAAGAAUGAUAAUGAAGUUACAAAAUCAAAUAACCAAGAGGGGAAACUAUGGUUAUUUGCAACCUGUUAUGAGAAAGUGAUUGUAUUUGAUAUUUUUGGUGGAUUGAAAUCCACAAGCAAAUGUAAUCCUAAUGGUAGUAUUAUUUUCCCUUUCCAAGAUGUAUCAUUUGUUUUCAACAAUGAUAUUGAAGGCAAAUCUGAACAGUAUUAUGUUAAUUUUAUGUUUGAAGAUAUAAACAAUAAGUAUGAUUACAUUUAUGCUUUGGCUGUUGAUACAAGGAAUGGACGAACCAUUAUUAAAAAGAUUAAAUGUGGGGAUAUAUUUUCAGGAUAUGAAGAUUUAGGUAGGAAAGCACGUGAGGAGGACAAAUUUGCUAAUUUCGAAAAUGGUUCAUCUUUCCCUUUUAACUAUGAAAUUUUGGAAAAUUGUACUCAAUUCACGAAAUAUUUCGGUAGGAUGGAUUUUAAUUUGAAAAUUUUUUAUAACUAUGAGAAAUUGUAUUUGUAUGAUAAGGAUAGCUUUGAAUUUUAUGAAAUAAAUAUCAAACCUUUAGAAUUAAACACUAAUGGUAUGAAAAGGUAUAUUUUAAAAUGUGAGAUUGAUGAAAAAGGGGAAAAUUUGAUGAUUUUAUUUAACAAUGGGUUUGGUGCUUUCAAUUUAGAUUUAUACAAUGAUUUUAAUGAGGGUUGUAAAUGUUCUUUUAAGAAAUAUAAAACAAUUAAAUAUGAAAGAAUAUUAUUGAAGCAUUUGAUUAUGAAUAAUGGCAUGGCUGACCAAGAUGCAUCAAAGUCUAAUCGCAGUACACCUAUGAUUUUUUCAGAAACUUUUAAUAGGUUGGUUUAUUUUCAAAAAAGUAAAGGAGUUGGGCGUGAAGAUGACAUAAAUUUAUAUUUAUUAAAUUUAAGAACCAAUAAGAUAUCUGUUAGCGGUAGUAGCAAUAGUACUAGUACGAGUAAUGAGAUUUUAAAGUUUAAAAAUUUUCCUAAAAUAUUUAUGAAGUUCCCCUUAAAGAAAGACAACGAAGAGGCCAUUGAUUAUAUGUUUGGCAAUACAGCAAUAACAACUAAAGAAUACAACUAUACCAUAAAAAAGAUGAGCAAAGAAUUUUUUUUAAGCUAUGAUGAUGUGGAAAACAAAAUUUACAUUUUCAGCUUAAAGUAUGGGGGGAGAAAAAGGAAAGAUGGUAGAUUAAAAAAAAUAUGUGAAAUAAAUGAAAUACCAUUUAAACUACAAGACAUCAGCAUACCACCGAAUUCUUUCCCCACUUGUAAUUUUUUGGAAUUUUGGAUUUGUAGCAAUGAAAAUACCGUUCAAUAUUAUCGGAUACCAUUGGAUAGGAAAAGUUUUUUUACAAUCAAUGCCAAAAAGCCUAGAAACACAUAUUUUAUAGAACAGCAUAUCAAGGGCUUAAACGACGGUCUCAGAUAUAUAGAGGCAUUACCUUGUGAUGAUGACAUUGGUUUAACUAGUAAGUCGAGAUGUUUUUUCCGUAGUGGGAAUUAUGAUAUUGGGAUAUUAGAAGUAGAUAAAAGAGAGGAUGUAGUUAGUAAAAAAAUGGGGGGAAAUAUUAGAAUAGAAAUUCAAACCGCCAUUAAUUUUAAUGUUGAAAAUGGGGAUAUUUCUAAGGAAAGGCAGCAUUCUUAUCAUUUAUGGAAAAGUUUGAGAAUUAUACAAAGAGUUCCGUCUGAUAUAUCAGAUAGUAUAAUCAGAAAAGAACAAAAGCUGAAAUAUGAAUAUAAUUUAUAUUUUUACAUUGAUAAUGUUACAAACUCGUUAAUGUGCAGCAGGUACAACUUAAUCAAUGACGAAUUUGAGCAUUUGGACACGGACUGUAGUAUUCUAGAUGAUGAAAAAGGAAAUUGUGGAGAUGAUAUGAAAUCAGCUAUUAUUGAAUAUAAAAUUGAAAAUUACGAUAGAUUGAUUAUAGUUUUUGGAUUGAGAAAAGAUGGGACAAUCUUUAUAACAAGUUUUUAG